AUGGACAGAUUUACAAUUGCAUGGCUCGAUCCAACAGCGAAAAGUCAAUAUGCACAUCUGAAUGCUUUACAAGAAUUAGGUAUUUCAUCCGAACCUGUUGUCAUACAUGACACACUACAGGAAUGCGUAACUCAUAUUCAGUGCAACAGAUCACGAGUUCUUUUGAUUGUGAAUGGUAAUUUUGGUGAAGAACUUACGCAAAGCGUUCAUAAUGAUUAUAAGGUUGAAGCAAUCUAUGUAUAUUGCAUGAAUGUAGAUCAUCAUAAAAAGUGGGCGAUCCAUUAUAACAAAAUUAAAUGUGUAGCAAAAGAGUUUUACGAGAUUAUCAACCAUAUGAAAAACAAUUAUACAACUUCUACAAAUGUGAAUGUGUACAAGCCAAUUACUGCAUGUUCUGUUCCUGUAUGUGAACCUCAAGUGACUUCGGUUACACCUGGUAUCUGUACACUUUCUGUCACACCUAAUCAUUCUGGAAUAGUUUCUCCCGGACAUGUCGCUGUUGGGCAAAGUUCUGUUCAAUACAGUUCAGUAAAGAAGACGAGCGCCUCGUAUUAUUCUUAUUCGCACGUUAAAAAACACUGA